CUUUUACCCCUCGUCGUCCUCGGCGGUAUCUCUCCCAACCUCGACCUAAACACUCUGAAGCAGCAGAUCACCGUCACACCAUCCGAGAUAUUGCGAUUAGCUUGAGAAGGGAGAUCAGACGUACACCGACAUAACCCGACAAGUAACCAAACGAACCGCACCACUUUAGUCAAGAUGGCGCAAAAGACCACCCUCAAGGAGUUCGAGGCCGUCUUCCCCAAGCUGGAAGAGGUCCUACUCCAGGACACCCAAAAGUACAACCUGCCCAAGGAGCAGCAGGAAUGGUUCAAGAAGAGUCUUGAAAUCAACGCCAUGGGCGGCAAGUGCAAUCGAGGCAUGUCUGUACCCGACUCAGCCUCCCUCCUGCUCGAGAGGCCUCUCAGCGACGACGAGUACUUCAAGGCCGCCACGCUCGGCUGGAUGACGGAGCUCCUCCAGGCCUUCUUCCUCGUCUCGGACGACAUCAUGGACGGGUCCAUCACACGCCGAGGCAAGCCGUGCUGGUACCGCCAGGAAGGCGUCGGCAUGAUCGCCAUCAACGACGCCUUCAUGCUCGAGGCCGCCAUCUACAACCUCCUCCGCCGCUACUUCCGCGACCACCCGCGCUACGUCGACCUGAUCGAGCUCUUCCAUGAGGUGACCUACCAGACCGAGCUCGGCCAGCUCUGCGACCUCCUCACCGCGCCGGAGGACCGCGUCAACCUGGACAACUUCAGCAUGGAGAAGUACCGCUUCAUCGUCGUCUACAAGACCGCCUACUACUCCUUCUACCUCCCCGUCGCCCUCGCCCUGUACAUGCUCGACAUCGCCACCCCGCAGAACCUCAAGCAGGCCGAGGACAUCCUCAUCCCCCUGGGCGAGUACUUCCAGAUCCAGGACGACUACCUCGACAACUUCGGCCUCCCCGAGCACAUCGGCAAGAUCGGCACCGACAUCAUGGACAACAAGUGCUCGUGGCUCGUCAACCAGGCCCUGCAAAUCGCCACCCCCGAGCAGCGCCAGGUCCUCGAGGAGAACUACGGCCAGAAGGACAAGGAGAAGGAGGCCGCCGUCAAGAAGCUCUUUGACGAGCUCCAGCUCAAGCAGCGCUUUGAGGAGUUCGAGGAGAAGCGCGCCGCCGAGAUCCGCGAGAUGAUCAGCAAGGUCGACGAGAGCCAGGGUCUCAAGAAGACCGUCUUUGAGGCCUUCCUCGCCAAGAUUUACAAGCGGAGCAAGUAAACGGGAAGAGCAGUGAGGAACGCAAUACUAAUACCCGCGGUGAUAAUCUUGUUAGAGGGGGUAAAAGGGCAGGUCUGGGAGAAACGAACUGGCCUACCGGGACAGGAGAGAACUGGGACACACAUGACCUGGCGGAAUCUAAUGAACAACCGCAAGCAGAUACGAUGCUUUCCUGUUGCUUGGUUAAACAUGUCGAGGAAGAUAUGCUGCGGUGAAGUGUUGGAACCCGCUGGAGAGUUGUGGCAGUUUCCGGGAAUUUCGAUCCAAAACGCAUCCCGCACCACGAUAGAUUAAUAAGGAAAGAAAUAUUGAAAACAAACACAUGAGCGGUCCCAUCCAUCCGGCCAUUUUGAGUU